CUAGUAACUCGGCGUUCCGUUCUGUCAAAAAAAAAAAAAAACUCGGCGUUCCGCGUUUGCUAAUUGCUAGGUAUAAACUGUAGCGGGUUUUAAAGAACCCAAAUCUCUAACAGUAGCUGUAAAUCGGUGGAGGAAGCUACCAAUACCAUAUACUCUCAAGUCUCAACAAUGACGAAUCUCACUGCGGACAAGACUGAGGAGGAGCUUCGCAAGGAACUCGAAGCUCUUCAGCGUCAACAACGCGAGAUAACAGAGCGUAUUAGGGAUCCAAGAGGACUUCGUCGUGGUGGAUUUUCAGGCAACUCACCCAGGAAUUUCGUCCCCAAUCUUCCUCUUCAACGUGGAUUUAUCAGACCUGCUGACCGGACAAAUUCCAAGGACGAGCCUCCUCCGAAGCGUCGGUUGUCUUCCGCUGUUGUCAAGGUCGAUGAUGAGGAGGUGGCUGAAGGAGAGAACUCAGUUAGUGAAGUGCCAGGUGAAGAUCUUGCCGCUGGUCUUUCCGUCUCUAUUAGUAGGAACGGUCAGAGGUCUCCGGUUUCACAGCAUAAUCGUUCGUCCUAUGCAAAAAAUGGGGAUCUACAAGCAGAAAAUGGACUUGAUUAUCAAGUGAAGGAGGUUCCAAGAGUUUUGCCGAAAGAUGAGGAUCCAAGAUUGGUUAAUAGAAAUAGGAGGAUGUUGGGCCAACUUUUGGGGACUCUGGAGAAAUUUAAGAAGGAAGACAUGCAGCUAUCAGGGACAGAUGCAUACAUGCGAAGAUCAGACUCCUUGCAAAGAGCUGAGCAAAAAGCACGUGAAGAAAGCGAGAGGCUGCGGCAACAAGAACGCGAGCGAAUUGCUGAAAACAGGAAGCGUGAUUUGGUACUUAGAGCUCGCGUAGCCGCCAAGGCCGAGGAGAAGAAGCUGGAACUGCUUUUUCUUCAAUGGAGCGAGCACCAUAAGAAGCUUACAAAUUUUUUAAGGACAAAGACAGAGCCACCCAUUUAUUACAUGCUUGCUAAGCCUAUCGAAGAGAAUGCUGAAUUUAGUGAACAAAAGAAAGAGCAGGCAUUCUUGGAAUGGAAGGCUACCAGGAGAGAGGAGCUUUCUGCCUAUCAAAAAGAAAUCCAUGAGCAAUAUAUUGCUAAUGUGGAAAAGGAUCUUGAUAGAUGGUUGACUGCGAGAAAAACAAGAAGUGCAAACAAUGACGCAAACUUGCAGGAAACCAUGGACAAAGAGUUGGAAACGCAUAGGCUAGAACAUGGGCCCAAGGCACGAAAAAUUCCUGGUGCAAACAAUGAAGAUGAAGAGGAGGUUGAAGAUAUAAAUCUUGGCGAGGAUGACAUGAUGGAUGAUGUCCUUGGCCUUGAUGAGAAUGACAGAGUUGACGAUCAGACCAAGCAUGAUGAAGACGAUGGAAAUCCACCGUUGAAUGCUGUGGGGUAGUGUGGAGAUGGACGCGUUACUGGUCUAAGCUGAUUUUUGUUUGGUUUUCUUUAUGAUUCAGCUUUCUUUGUUAUCUUUGGUCUAUACAAUGGGUUAGAACUUAUGUUUUCAUGGUAGCCUGUUACUCUAGGUAAUUAUUGCAGCCGUGGAUGAUGUUACCUUCCUGGUGGAUUAGUACUGCCUUGUGAGUUGUGUCUAAGGUCAAUUGCGACUACGUUUAUUACAAGUGGUAAAACUUAAUAA